UAAAGCGCCCAGCCCCAUCUCGCUCCCUUCAUUCUGCGGCAGAGGGAGGCAUCUGCAGAAGCUUUGCUCACCCACCCGCGCCAAGAUGAAGCGGGCUCCCAAGCUGUUGUUUUUCUGUGCUCUCUGUUUCUCCUUGGCCCUGGAUGCCACCCCAGCAUUGAAAGAGCAAAGCAGAGGAACAAAAGGAAGAAGGAGAGACUCAGCCAAAGUCAGGGAACAUCUGCGGGCACAGGAAUCCUCACCUGACCCUGUGCUGAGGGUAAAUCCAGGGGCCUUCACAGACUACACCUUCGUGGAGGAUUAUGAGCAGAGCAUUCAGGAGAUGGUUAACCAGCUGCGGAAUAGCUCUGAGCUGCUGGACAGUAAAUGCCAGGUCAAUUUGAGACUCUGGAUGUCGAACAAGAGGAGUGUGUCUCCAUGGGCCUAUAGGAUAAAUCAUGAUGCAUCCCGUGUUCCAGUUGAUAUCCCAGAGGCACACUGUCUGUGUGCAGGGUGCAUCAAUCCCUUCACCAUGCAGGAAGACCGCACCAUGAUCAGCAUCCUCAUCUAUAGCAAAAUCCCAGUGCGGCGGAUGCUGUGUGAGCCAAGUAAGCCGCACAAGAAGAAGAAAAAGUGCCACAAAGAGUACAAGAUGGUUAUGGAGACCAUUGCUGUGGGCUGUACUUGCAUCUUCUGAGGACAUACUGUAUGAGGAAGGGAUUUCCUGUUCCUAUUUCAGGUUCUUAUGGAUUAAGUACAAUUCCCACUCUUCUAAA